UUUACCAGGACUCCAGAAUAGGGCUCUUCACGAUAUAAAAAGUACCACAAUGGAAACACUACCAAUCACUAGAGGAAGACAUGGUAUUUUCUCAAGUCUUGUAAACUGGAUUAUAUCUUCAUGGAAUCCAUACCCUCAGAAAGACUUGCAAAGAAUGAUUGAAAGAAAAAUACAGAAUGGACAGAUUGGCAUUCAUGCCUCAUUACAGAUCUCUGAUUCAUCAUCAGUAUGUGAUGAAAUGGAACUUUUAUUGGACACAAUCUUACAGCAAUCUACUGUACCAGAAACUGACAAGGGAGAUAAUCUUAUACAAAACCCAGACAGAAUGGGUUAUCAGCUAUCAAAACUUGAUAGGGGCGAUAAUUUGAUAUUUGAAACAGUUAGGGAAAAUACAAUUACAAAUACUGCGUCUGUAUCUGAAAUGGAAAUGGAUUCAUUAAGUCAGGAAAUAAUUUUAGCAGAGCUUGAUAGGGGAGAUAAUUGCUUUGUUCAUAUAGAUUCAAAUAAGGAAGACUUAAUUGAAAGUAAACAAAUUUCAAAUGGAUCAAACUUGGAACUGAUCAAUGCUGAUGUAAUAUCAAAACCAAAUCAAAAUAUGGAUACAGAGCAGUGUAAAAACAUGAAAACUUCAUGUCUUUUAAAUCCUGAGCAAGCUACAACUGAGUUUAUGAAGGAUGUUUUUGAUGGUGAUUUUGACAGUUUAGGUGUACAUAAAGAUUCUGAUACCAUGGUUGACACUAAUGAGAUAAAUACCAAACCACUGAAUCAGACUCAAAAACAGGGGGGAAAUAAAGUAAAUAAUUUCUCAUUUAAUGAGAAUUCCUCUGCAAAGGAUAUUAGUAAAGCAACAGGGAGUUCUAUAAUGAAUAAUUCAGUAUCAAUACUGAAGAGUGAAGGAAGCCUGUCAGAGAAUACAAAAGUGGGUGAAAUAAAGAAAGUAGUAACGGUUUUUGGCAAGAAGGAUACAGAGGACUGUACAGCAAAAAUAAACACUGGGAACAUGAAUUCAAAGUCAGAUUUAGAUUAUAAGAAUAAAGAAAAUACUGAUUCAGAAACCGCGCUUAAUGAUGUACAAUUGACAUGUAAAAAUGAUGAUCAAAAGAAUGAAACAGAAUCUGGAAAUUCAGUCCAUAAAAUGAAAUCAAAGACAAAAUCUGUCACAUGGGGUCAAAGAUUAAAAUGUGACAAUAAAACAAAAUAUGCUGUCAAGACCGUCGAUUCUGAGGCCAGUAUGACAAAUCUUCCUUCAACAUCAACCUAUAAUCCUGAUAAUCCAUAUGGAGAAUCAUCCAGUGAAGAAAUACUAACAGAGAAUGAUUUGGCCUAUGGGAAUGAAGGUUUUGCACAGUACCAGUUGUUUAUAGCUAUUGAAAAGAAAGUAGAGAUUGAAGAAAUAAAUGAUAAAAUGGAAAGAUUGAGACAACUACAUCGAUGGAAAAUGGACAAGAUCAGAAACAUUGUAGACAUUGCUAGAGCUUAUUAUGUGAAUCCUACAGGAAGAGUCGUUGAAGAAUGGAAUGAUCUGAAGCGGGGCAUGAAAAUUGAAAAACAAGCAAAAAGUCUUACCCAUGUGAAACUCAAGAUGUCAAAACUCCCAGAAUUCAUACCAUUCUUCACAUUGUUUAUUACCUUGGCCCAGUUUGUAACUUGUGGUGUUUUCUGCUAUCUUGGAGGCCUGGAUUCUCUUGGUAUAGACCCCACUAUAGAAUGGAGAGAUGGCAUACAGACCUUUCUAGGAACAGAGACAGUCCACAAGUGGGUUAUACCAAAUUUGUGGAUAGGACCAUCAGGCAAAUAUAUAACUAGUGUUGGAGCAUUCUUUGCCCCAUGUCUUAGAGAUGAUAUAGAACUACAAAUAAAGACACUGGAACAGAAUUACAGUACUACAGAACCUUUAGGAUGUUGUGAAAUGGCCAGUAGAAAUACAGCAGCUACAACUACACAGACAGAAUGUCAACAUAUGACUGAUGACGUUGGUAUUUGGAAAGCUGGUAUACAAUGUAGUGAGAGACCUUCAGGACAAAACAGUGUUUCUCACAACCUAAAACCAUGCUGUUAUAACCUUCAGGGUCAAUGUAAACUUACCACACAUACACACUGUGUAUUCUUAGGAGGGUACUUCUCAAAGCAUUCUGCAGAGCACUGUAGUCAGGUAAAUUGUAUAAAUUCUAUUUGUGGUAUGGGUGGAAUUUCAUCAAAAUCAGAUAAGCCCUGGUUACCAGACAAUCCAGCACAAUGGUGGAGACUGCCUCUCUCUAUUAUCUAUCACCAUGGUAUCAUCCAUGUUGUCAUCAUUGGGGCCAUUCAUUUCCUUAUCAUGAGAACUAUGGAGAGGUCUAUUGGUUGGCUGAGGAUAAUGGUAGUCUAUGUGUUGAGUGGUAUAGGAGGAAUACUGGCAGCCUCCAUAUUUGAACCCUACUCUCCCCAUGUAGGUGCCACAGGAUCAGUUGGUGGAUUACUAGGUGUAACCGUGGUAGAAAUACUGUUACUAUGGAGAUUUGUAAAUAGACCAUUACUUGAAAUCUUUAAGGUUCUGUUUGUCAUUGUCUUGUUUUUAAUGGCAGGAACUCUCCAAUACAUAAGCAAUUACACCAUAAUUACUGGCCUUAUCAUCGGCUUGUGUUCUGGUGUGAUAGUCUUACCCUUUGUAACCUUUAGUAAGAUAUCACACAGAUCAAGGGUCAUUCUGAUUGGUUUCAGUGUCCCCCUUUUAGUGGCAAUAUAUUUUAUAUUACUGUAUGCAUUCUUUAAAGUUCAGUCAGUUACAGAUUGUUAUGGUUGUAAGGUAAUUAAUUGUAUUCCAUACACAGAAAAUAUGUGUAGAGAUGACUACGAAAAAUAAAAUUCAUCUUUCAUAUAAACACAUGGAUGUUUUAUUGACAAUGAAAGAGUUUUAUUUGUAUUUUUACUUUGCUUAUUGGCUUUAAAUAAAAUGUGUAGUUUAUAUUCACACAUAUAUGUUGGAUUGUUUGAAAUAUUUGAUCAUAUUUACAACUUUACAUCUUGGCUACUAAUAAAAUUCAUUGCACAUAAUCACACUUGCAUGUUGUAAUUAAUUGAUACUGAAAGUAUUUCCUUGUAUUCACAAUUUUACAUACUAGUAUUGGCUACGAAUAAAUUUCUCACAUGCAUGUUUUAAUUGCUAAUGAAUAUAUUUGCUUGUAUUCACAAAUUUACAUAUUGGCUAUCGUCAUUACUUGAUGUCUGGCUUCAUUCAUUACUUGAUGUCUGGCUUCAUUUACGUAAAAAUCAAUUAAGUAAAAAACUGAGCCAGUUUGUUUCACACAGUUUUAUUUGGUAUUAUUGAUACUGGGCAGUUAUGAUCCGUUAAAGUUCAAUGACUCAUUAGUGAGUGUUUAAUGUCCUACACUACAACUUAAUGCUCUUUUUAAAGUCGGACAGUGACACCAUUGAAUGCCAUUAAAGUUGAUAGAACAUGAGAU